AUGGCGGCGCCAAAUUCAGAGUUUGAUUCCAAGGAAAAUCCCCAAAAACCGAAUUUCGAAACAUUCCAGUUAUUUUCCUCCUCUUCAGGUUCCGGUUUCGGUUUCGACGAUGUUUCACAAAAAGUUAACGUUAUACCUCCUCCUCCCUGUGUUGAAGUUCUCGCCUCUGAUUCCAAGGUUCCUUUAUUCGGAAAACCUAAAUUUGAGUCGGUGGAUUUUGAUGGGGUUACAUUGUUUAAGGGGAGAGUGAAUACUCAACAAGUGUUUGGUUUGUCGAAUUCUGAUUUGGUUCCGGGGAAAUAUGAAGGAGGACUGAAGCUGUGGGAAGGUUCACUUGAUCUGAUUAAAGCCCUUCGUUCUGAAAUUAAAAGUGAGCUUAUUUCAUUUGGUGGGAAGCGAGUAUUAGAGAUUGGAUGCGGUCAUGGACUGCCUGGAAUCUAUUCUCUACUUGAGGGUGCGGCUGUUGUACACUUCCAAGAUUUCAAUGCAGAAGUUCUACAGUCUCUCACCAUUCCCAAUUUAAAUGCAAAUUUUUUUGAAAAAUCUCAAUCAUCAUUAUCACCUUCGGCAAACAACGUGCCAGAAGUUCGUUUUUUUGCUGGUGACUGGAGUGAAGUCGAUAAACUGCUCCUUCAAAUUGGUACAGAUGCAAAACACAAUGAAGUUUCUUCCGGUUAUGAUUUUAUUCUCAUGGCAGAAACAGUUUACUCAAUCAACAGUCUUCAAAGUCUCUACAAUCUUAUCAAGAAGUGUUUGAUACAUCCGCAUGGAGUUGUAUACAUGGCUGCAAAAAAGCAUUACUUUGGAGUCGGUGGAGGAUCUCGGAGAUUUCUGUCUGUGGUGGAAAAAGAUGGUGUAAUGACUAGUAAAUUGGUUGCUGAAAUUACAGAUGGUUCAUCGAAUGUGCGAGAAGUAUGGAAGCUUACAUUCAAGUAG